AUUAUUUGUAAAAUGGCUCCGAUGGUGGGGAAGGACGUCACCGAGCGACUCUUUCUGCCGCGCUUCUGCGAGAUGUGCUGCGAUUGCAGGAUGUUCCACGUGCGCAAGGUUUGUGCGGCGAACUUCGGAGACGUCUGCAGUGUGGUCGGAGGAGAGGCGAUGGAGGAGCUGCUGCUGCCGCGGUUCUUCCAGCUGUGCUCUGAUAACGUGUGGGGCGUGAGGAAGGCCUGCGCCGAGUGCUUCAUGACCGUCUCCUCGGCCUCGUCUCCAGAAGUGCGGCGCAGCAAACUCUCGUCUCUGUUCAUCGGUCUGAUCAGCGACCCGUCGCGCUGGGUGCGUCAGGCUGCGUUUCAGUCGCUCGGUCCGUUCAUCUCCACCUUCGCCAGCCCCAGCAGUAACACGGCUCAGUGCUUCAGAGACGAGCGCAGCUCAAGCGCAGACGCCGCUGAUGGAGGAGAGCAGACGGCCGAGAGACUGAGCGCAGACGAGUCCUGCUGCCUUCCUUCAUCAGACGAGAUCCCGGAGCAGGAGCUCUUCAACUCCUUCCACUACUGGAGGACCCCCAUCCCUCAGAUCCAGCUGGAGCUGCUGCAGGAGGAGGACAGGCGGCCCUCGGCCCCGGCGCUGGGCAGAACACAGCUGCAGGAGCUCAUCGAGAACCUGGAGCCGCACACCGACGACCCCGACGUCAAAGCACAAGUGGACGUUCUGACAGCUGCUCUGAGAGCCACGGCGCUGGACUCUGGACUGGAAGAUGCUUUCCUGGAGCCUCGAGCCGCUCGAUCAAACCCCUCCGCUCGUUUCUGCACAUUACAGAAUUACAGAUAGCAGUGUCUGUGUUUCUCAUUCCUCGGGGGGUUUUUUCCUCCUGCUUUCUUUUUUCCUUCUUUCCU